AUGACUGAAUCUGCAUUGUCUAAUGGCCAUGAUGCCCUUGAGGAGAAGCUCGGCCGAUUGUCAAAGAAACCUGGUGUUAAAGCCAGCAUCAUUCUUGACCGAACCACCGGCGCUAUCCUGAAAACUAGCGGGCAAAUCGACGCUCUCCAGACCUCUAAGACGCGAACCACAUCUACUGCAACAUCGUUUUCCAAUGAAGGUCCUGCACUAGAGGAGAGCGAAACGAAAGGAGUCGAGCAAUUCGCCGCGAACGUCUGGAACUAUGUGAAUAGCUCCGGAAGCUUGGUUCAGGAGCUGGAUGGCGAAGAUGAGCUGAAGCUUCUCCGCUUACGAACAAGGAAGCAAGAAUUGGUCAUUGUACCCGAUCCCAAGUAUUUACUCGUGGUUGUGCAUGACACGCCUCCAGCUUGA